CAGGACAAACAGUUUCUGCUGCACAAAGUAAAGAGUAAAGACCACUGACACGUAAUGCACUUUUCACGUAUCUAGCGUUAUCUUAAAAAAGUGCCAAUUAUGAGGAACUCUGAAAACCAUGGAAAGGACACAUACAAUGAAUUAGACAACCAAGAUGAUUUCACUGGAGAUGUUAAUCCUCUAUAUUCAAAAACGCCCAGGUUUACUGUCAGAGAUGAACUGGGCUCUAAGUCUUAUCGACUGGCAGCCAUUGGUCUGGGGGUCCUAAGUGCUGUAUUUCUUUUGGUUGUAAUAGGACUAAGUGUUCACAUUAACAGGGUGAAUAACAAACAUGACAUCCUGUCUCUCAACUCAUCAGUAAUCAGCUCUCAACUUGCUCAGCUACAGUCAGACCACAAAAGCCUGACCGAGUCCAGGAAUGAACUUAAAAUCCAACACAUUGAAGACGUAAAAAAGAUCACAUCCCUGCAGGUAGAUUUGAGCAGAGAGACAAGACUGAAGAAUGAGCUAAGGUCACAAAAACAAAAAUUAGAAAACGACAAAACAAAACUCCAAUCUCAAAUGUCACAUCUUGAAGACAACUGUGGUAAGUGCUUGCCUAACUGGGUGCUGAUGAACAGCACAUGUCUUUAUUUUGCUAUGUCUUCGAUGACUUCACGCAGAGGCUGGGAUGGAGCCAGGGAGGACUGCAUAAAAAAUGGAGCUGACUUAGUGGUCAUAGAUUCAAAGGAGAAACAGGAGUUUAUAGUAGAGAGUUUAAAAGCACUUCGGUACAACCUACCAUUCAGUUAUUACAAUGGAUUUUGGAUCGGACUGAAAGAUGAACAUACAGAAGGGAUCUGGAAAUGGCUGAAUGAGAUUACACUGACACAAAGCUACUGGAUGGACGGGGAGCCAAAUGAUGACCGGUCUAUAGAGGAUUGUGCGGCUGUGUAUCCCACUGCUAAUCCAAUGAAGGCCUGGAAUGAUGCACCAUGUUCACACCCACUAAGAUGGAUCUGUGAGAAGGAAAUGGAUAAAACACUGUAGAAUUCUCAAUUAAUCAUGACUAUCUUGGUUUUGCCCAAUAGUAAUAGUGAUAGUUCAUUAAAGACAAAACAAUA